CUCAUCGGUCACCAUCAUUUCUAUCUCUCCUCCUCUCUCUUUAAUCAUUCGCUCCACCACACGUGCUCUCCCUCCUUUUACUCGCCGGAUUUUCCUCCUUCUAAACCCUAAAAUAGUCCCACGGAUUUUCUCAGUUUCUCUCUCCCUAGACACUUGAAAGGGCCGGUGGGAGAAAUAAAGUUUCAAAGUUUUUUCUACAUUUUUGAAACGAAAACAAAAACAAAAAGGAGACCCAUCAAUAUUUCCUUCCUCUUUAUAUAUUUCCGCUGAGAAAUUUUUCAUAUUUUGAAAAAUUCCUCACUUUCUCCCUUCCCAAACACUCCACAGAAACCAAAAAAGGAAACAAAGUUUCAAUUGUUUUCUACAUAGAAACAAAAAGAAAGAAAACCCACCGACAUUUUCUUUUUUUUUUUCUUUUUCACUGAAGAAAAUGUCCAUUUUUUAAAACCCAAAAAAUAAAGCUGGUUUUUUUUUGUUUGGUUUUUUAUAAUGGGAGGGGUGACGUCAACCGUGGCGGCGAAGUUUGCGUUUUUUCCGCCGAAUCCACCGUCGUAUACUGUGGUGGAGAGUGGAGGGAAGCUGGUGAUGAAUGGGGUGGUGGCGAGGGAGAACGUUGACGUUUUAAAGGUGGGGACUAAGAGAGGGAAUCAGGUGGUGGCGGUGUAUAUAAAGAACCCAGGAGCUGCGUUGACUGUGCUUUACUCACACGGGAAUGCAGCUGAUCUGGGGCAAAUGUAUGAUCUUUUCAGUGAACUCAGUUUACAUCUCAGAGUUAACUUAUUGGGGUAUGAUUAUUCUGGAUAUGGACAGUCAACUGGGAAGCCAACUGAACAGAACACCUAUGCUGACAUAGACGCUGUAUAUAGAUGCCUCGGGGAGAAAUAUGGGGUGAAGGAGGAAGAUGUUAUUUUAUAUGGUCAAUCAGUUGGGAGUGGACCCACUCUAGAUUUGGCAACUCGGUUACCGAAAUUGAGGGCUGUGGUUCUUCACAGCCCAAUCUUGUCUGGUCUAAGAGUAAUGUAUCCAGUGAAGCGAACUUACUGGUUUGACAUAUAUAAGAAUAUUGACAAAAUACCGUUUGUCAAUUGUCCUGUUCUGGUAAUCCAUGGGACUGCUGAUGAUGUUGUGGAUUGGUCUCAUGGUAAGCAGCUUUGGGAACUUUGUAAAGAGAAAUAUGAACCUUUAUGGGUUAAAGGAGGGAAUCAUUGUGACUUGGAGCUAUAUCCACAAUACAUCAAGCAUCUCAAAAAAUUCAUUUCAGCGAUUGAGAAAUCUCAUCUUAGAAAAGGAUCUGUCCCACUUCGUGAUCAUCUAGAGAAGCCUCGGAACAGCACAGAUUUCAGGGAGACAUCCAGACCAAGCACUGAUCAGAGAGAAAAGUCAAGGGCUAGUACUGAACAAAGAGAAAUGCCAAGGUUAAGCACUGAUCAUAGAGAAAAGGCUAGAAACAGCACUGAUAAGAGAGAAAAAUCAAGAAAGAGUGUGGAUCGGCCUGAGAAAUUCUGUAAUGGCUCAGACCAACCUGAGAAAGCAAGGAACAGCAUUGACCGUUUUGGAGAGAUGAUGAGAUCCGUUGGAUUGUGCAAUAUCGAUUGUUUCAGGCCCACGGCAACAGCUGUCUGAAUAGGGGAAAAGUCUACUAAUUGGAAAAUAGAAAUGGAGUUUAUUUUUAUUGUGCGGGACUUACAGUGUGAGAUUUACCAAAGGAGAGGGGAAUGCGUCCAAGGAGGAAAGGGAGACAGGACGGAGAUAUUGAAGAGCAGAAAAGUGUCAGAGAGAAAAGAAAGGAGGGCAAAGGGUAAACUUUUUUUAAUGGAUAAAAUCAAGACAGACAUCGUUGAGAUCACGCCUCUCCUGGAAAGCAGACAUUUGAAUCAAGAGAAAUUAAGAAGGUUCUACUCAUCUAUCCUCGGGUUCUUCAUCCUCUAAGCUAAAGUCUUCCGCUUCACCUUUGAAACUUUUAGGCUCUUGUUCAUCUUCAUCGCCAAUGCUUAAACUUCUUUUGCUCUUCUAGUCUGCAUCCUCGUAGAAUACAUGGACA